AUGAUUUUAUUCAAACCGGAUCAAUCAAAACUACAAAUCAAUCGAUUCAUCAAACAUUUAAAUCAACACAAUCCAUUCAUCAAACAAUUUGAUCCACCAAUUCAAUCAAACCAAGCAGGUCCUUUAAACGGUUUAACAGUCUCAAUCAAGGACAUAUUCUUGGUAAAAGAUGAAACAAAUACAUGUGCUUCAAAAUUCUUAAAAGAUCUAGAUUUCAAACCUACUUACCAUUCAACGGUCGUAAGCCUGUUGAAAAAAUCAGGUAUCAAAAUCUUAGGAAAAACCAAUAUGCAUGAAUUUUCAAUGGGUCCAGGUGGUAGUUCAGUAGGAUUGAAACCAUCUUAUGGAGUGAUAUCUUGUUAUGGAACGAUACAAUACUCUCAUAGUCUUGAUUGUGUUGGACUUUUCCCUAAAUCAAUUGAUUUGAUUGAUAAAUUGUUCAAAUCUUUGGUAGGAUUUGAUAAACGUGAUCCCACAUCUGCCGAUUUGAAAUCAAAUCCAGAAACAAAAACGACAAUCGAAGAUUUAUCAAAACUUAGAAUAGGAAAUGCAAUUGAAUACUGUACAACUGAUUUACAACCUGAACUUUUCCAAAGAUUACAACAAGUAGCAUCAUCGUUGAAAUCAAGAGGUGCUACCUUAGUUUCAGUUUCAGUGCCUUCCACCUCUUCUUCUCUGGGAGUAACAUCAGCAUAUACAGGCAAUGGUAUCCCAUCAGUACGAUUUGAUUUUGUACGUGAUUCAUCACCUUCUUCUACCUACAUCACGUUUACCGAAUCGACUGUUUAG